AUGGCAUUGCCGGGACAGUUAAAGUGCUUUAAUGUAUUUCUGCUACUUCUUUUAAUCUACAAGCCAUCCGAAGGAACUGAGAAUCAACAUGAGAUAUUUCUAAACACUCUGCUGCAAGCUGUUCACAGUGACCGUCCAGUGGAUACUUUGUUUUUACUGCACCAAAGUAAUUGUUUCAAUGGUUCGCUACAGGACUGGAAUCCUUCAGGAAUUCCAACUCUGCGCUCAAAUGAACUGACUGCAUUUGAUUUGGAACAGAACUUCAACCACAAUGCAUUGGCUUUGGUUUGGUUAACAAGGAACUCUUUCAGAGAACUUUUGAAUACACUGGCAAAAACAUUCGAUGGCUUGCGGCAGGAGCGAAUAAUUUUAAUGAUUCAUCAGAAACCAGAUCCAAGUUUUAUUGAGGACAUCGCCCAUGAGCUGAAGGAUCUACAAUUUCUGCAUUUGAUAGUGCUAAUUGUUCGGGAAAAAUGGAAUGGAAAAGUUUCGGCAUCCACACUUCGAUUGCAACCAUUUCCGGCACCGCAUUUUAAGCAGAUUGGCAAUAUAUUUGCGAUCAAAAAAAUCUUCUACCAUUUCAUAAAUUUCCACGGAAGGGUAUUAAACGUAAAACCAAGCGAUACUCGAAUAUUAUUUGUAGCUUUGACCGAAUUGUUCGUAGAAUUCGCACACAGGCACAACUCAACCUUUCAAAUCCAAAACUCAACAAUUAAGGAAGAAGAUAACUAUGACAUCGAUAUGAACACACAUCUGCACAAUAGUAAAUCCUUUUCGGAUCACAAACAUAUUGCGAUGGACAUGAACUCAAAUUCCCUGAUAAUUGUGGUGCCAUGUGGCACGGAGUUAAGGGGCCUGGAUAUUUUUAAGGAACUGGGAUUGCGAACUCUGACCUGGUUGGCCCUGGUUUUCUACAUCACCUUCGUGGUAGCGGAGUCGACCUUUGUGUUUAUAUCCAAUCGCUUUAAUCGCCGAAAUUUCAGCAUGAGAUAUACAAACCCGUUGGUGAAUCUUCGAGCAAUUAGAGCCAUUUUGGGCCAGGCUUUUCCCAUCUCCCAUCGAUCCAGCCUAUCAAUUAAACAUUUUUUCGUUUUUAUGAGUCUAUUUGGGACACUCUUUGUUGGCUUCUUCGAUUGCAAACUCAGAUCCUUUCUGACCAAGAAACCCUAUUACUCGCAUAUAGAGAACUUUGCUGAGUUGCGGCAAAAUGGAUUGACUGUGGUGGUGGAUCCACAUACGCGACAGUUUAUUGAGCAGGAAAUCAGUGCUGACUUCUUUAGAGUUGAGGUUCCCAAUGUUAAGACUGUCACAUCUAGGGAUUUAAUGAAUCUGGUGUAUUCAUUCGACAUGAAAUGGGCCUUUGUGUCCCAUUCGAUUCCUUGGCGUGCUUUCAAAGAGGAAAUGAAAUCGUUGAAUCUAAAAAUCUUAUGUGAGAGCAAGAAUUUGACCAUCCUUGAGAACGUGCCGCUGACUUUCUCACUACGCAGAAACUCCAUAUUUAGUCGACACCUCCGGCAUUUCAUUGUUAAGAGUGCUGAUACGGGUAUGAGCACUUACUGGUUUAAAAUGGCUGGAAAAAAGAUGAGAAAAUUUAUUAAGACAUCUCUGCGUGGAUUUGAAGAGCAGCUUUCUUAUCAACCACUGUCAUUUGAGCAUUUCAAAUGGCUGUGGGCUUUACUUUGUAUCGCCUACGUCAUAUCAUUCAUCGUUUUCAUGAUGGAAAUACUUUGGGCCAAAUACCAAAGACGCCCUAGAAGCUUUGGCAUUGUCUAA